AUGAAUAUGAAUCUGACAAAACUGUUGCUUUAUGAUAAUUUGAUAAUUUGUCAGAUUUCAGAGAACAUUCACUACUCAUGCUCAGGGAGAAAUCUCUCUUCUAUACCAAACCAUUUUUCUCCUAUGGUGGAGAUUCUGGAUCUCAGUUUUAAUUUCCUCAGCUUUUUGAACAAGACUACAGUCCCUCUCUUCUCUAAUCUGCAAGUCCUUGAUCUGACAAGAUGUCAUAUCCAACAUAUUGAUGAUGAUGCGUUCCACAAUGUAAGGAAUCUAACAACUCUAAUUCUUACUGGAAACCCCAUUUCUUAUACUGGACCAAAUGUCUUGAACGCACUGACCAAACUUCAAAGACUAGUUCUAGUGGACAUUGGUCUGCUCUCAUUAGAACUUCCUAUUCACAGUUUGAUGAAUCUUCAGGAAUUGAAAGUUGGAACAAAUAACAUCAAAUCCAUGGCCAUGCCACCAUAUAUGAUCAGCUUUAAAGAUUUCAGAUUACUGGACCUACAUGCUAAUAAUAUAUCACUCAUCAAAGCUGAUCACACCUCUGUGCUACGUGAAAUUGGGAGAAACAUGACAUUAAUACUGUCAAGAAAUCCCAUAUUGUGCAUAGAGUCAGGAGCUUUUCAACAUAUCUACCUCAGAGAACUCAAUAUUCAGGGUGCCUUUGUUUCAUUUAAUGCGACAAGGAAUGGUCUUAAAUCACUCACCGGCCUCAAUGUUGACAGACUAGUAAUCGGAGACUUCAGAGACAAGAACAAGAGUUUCAUUUUUGAUGUCAAUUUUUUAAGCAGUCUGAGCUCUAUCGGUUUCCAGGAAAUAUAUUAUUAUGUGAAAGAAAGGCCAGCCAAACCAUUGCAUUUGUUCGAGCACAUGGUUAAUGCCUCAAAAAUAACAGUAAAGCAUGCGUAUAUUCCAUACCUGGAAUACGUACCAUAUCGACAAAUUAAAGAACUUUUCUUGGUAGACGACCAUCUGUUCUUGAGUAUAGAAUUUUCACAUCAACACACCAUAGAGAAACUGGUCAUAAGUAACAGUAAAGAACCAGUAAUAAUUUCUAAGUUCACUGACCUGCCCAAACUUCACUAUGUAGAUCUGAGUAAAAAUCAAAUUACGUUAAAAGAGUGUUGCAAUACAAUUUUCAUAGAAAUCCCACAACUUCGAUUCCUGAACUUUAGUCUCAAUGCAGAAAUUCGUCUUGCACUAACUUCAUUUUCAGGGCUUAAUAAUCUUGAAGUCUUAGAUUUUCACUACACAAAAGUUGCUGGCAUUGGUAAUUUCGCAGUUCUGGCAAACCUCAAGCUUUUGCGUUAUUUAGAUAUUUCUUAUUCCAGCAUCACCUUUACGUGCUACAUGUCAUUCUAUGGUCUGGACAGUCUUAGAGUACUCAAGGUUGCUGGAAACAGCUUCAAGUUGGGCACAUCGCAAUAUUUAUUUGCAAAUCUAACACAAUUAGAGCUUCUGGACAUCUCAAACUGUGGCAUUGAGAGCAUGAUGUACAGCACUUUUAAAGAUCUCCAUCAACUGAAACAUUUAUUUCUAAGUGGAAACAAAUUAAUGACUUUGGAUUUUUCAAGUCUGAAAGCAAUAAGAAAUGUUUAUGUAGACAACAAUCAGAUCGCCAGCAUUCCACUAAACGUUCUCCAAAAUCGGCCUGAAAACCUGUCAGUGUUUGAUCUAUCCAACAACCCAAUUGACUGUUCCUGCUCCCAGACAGAUUUCAUCUCAUGGAUUGUUAACCAUCAACAAAUACUGAAGCAACCUCAAAACAUAUUUUGUCACUCAUUGUCCCGGACCCCAGUCACAAGAGUGAUUGACUUUGACUUGGAAAACUGUGCAUAUAGAAAGAAAGCUGCUGUAGUUGUAAUAGUUGUGUCCCUGUUUGUUGUUCUGUCAUUACUGUUGGUGUCAGUGUUGACCUAUAAGUUCCAGUUUUAUCUGCGUUACUGUUGCAUAUUGCUGAGAGGAUACAGGGCCUCCAGACAGCAGGAAUGUCCUUAUGAUGCCUUUGUGAUCUACUCCAGCAAAGAUGAAGCCUGGGUGAUGGAUGAGCUGGUGGAGAACCUGGAGAAAGGGGUUCCUCCCAUUCAGCUGUGCCUCCACGUGCGAGAUUUUGAAGUGGGAAAGUCCAUCACCUCCAACAUCAUUGAUGAGGGCAUCAUGGGAAGUCAUAAGGUCAUCGUGGUUGUGUCUCGACACUUCAUCGACAGCGUGUGGUGUCGCUUUGAGUUUGAGGUGGCGCAGUCCUGGCUGGUGAUGGAGGGCACUGCCAACAUUAUCAUAAUCAUGUUGGAGGAUGUAGAAGAGGAAAAGACCAAGAAGGUGUUUGGUCUUCAUAAACACCUGAAGAAGAACACGUAUCUAAAGUGGAGAGGAAAUCCUUUGAGUGACAUGAGGUUCUGGAUUCGGCUCAGGAGGGCUGUUAUUGCCAAGAAAUGA